GGAGGCCGAGAAGAUGCCGCAGUCCAAGUCCCGGAAGAUCGCCAUCCUGGGCUACCGGUCCGUGGGGAAAUCCUCAUUGACAAUUCAGUUCGUUGAAGGCCAAUUUGUUGAUUCCUACGACCCAACCAUUGAAAACACUUUUACAAAAUUGAUCACAGUAAAUGGACAAGAAUAUCACCUUCAACUUGUAGACACAGCUGGACAAGAUGAAUAUUCCAUCUUUCCUCAGACAUACUCUAUAGAUAUUAAUGGUUAUAUUCUUGUGUACUCUGUUACAUCAAUCAAAAGUUUUGAAGUGAUUAAAGUUAUUCAUGGCAAAUUGUUGGAUAUGGUGGGAAAAGUUCAAAUACCUAUUAUGUUGGUGGGAAAUAAGAAAGACUUACAUAUGGAAAGGGUGAUCAGUUAUGAAGAAGGGAAGGCUUUAGCAGAAUCUUGGAAUGCAGCAUUUUUGGAAUCUUCUGCUAAAGAAAAUCAGACUGCUGUUGAUGUUUUUAGGAGGAUAAUUUUGGAAGCAGAGAAAAUCGAUGGAGCAGCUUCGCAAGGAAAGUCGUCAUGCUCAGUGAUGUGAAUCUACUGCAAAACCUGAGGACACUGGGAAUACCUUUACCUGAAGAAGCAAACUGCCCAUUUUCCUUUAUGAUAAACUAUGCUUCUUUUUUCUUCUUUUGUCCUGAAAUACAUCAUUUGGGUCAGAGCUUCUCCCCAUUCCCCACUUUCAGAUUAUGUUAAACUCUGACUCUGUCCAAAUGAGUUCACUUCCAUCUUCAAAUUUUAAGCAAUCAUAUUUUCAAUUUAUAUAUUGUAUUUCUUAAUAAUAUUAUGACCAAGAAUUUUACCGGCAUUAAUUUUUCAGUGUAGUUUGUUGUUUAAAAUAAUGUAAUCAUCAAAAUACAUAUUGUUACACUACUCUAAACUAAGCUUGAUAUAUCAGUGUUUAUUUCAUUGUGUUAAAUGUAUACUUGUAAAUAAAAUAGCUGCAAACCU